AUGGGGCAGGAUGUCAGUAUGCUAUACACCCACCAACAGUCGGUCAGGACCACACUGGGGAGACCAGGGCAGGACACACGGCUCCAGGAUCCAGGGACACCCACAGGGCUGCUCAAGCUUCUGGCCGGCAUCUCCCAGACUGAGCAGGGGAGUCUUGGGAGCAGUGAUGGUGUAAUUCAGGGCCAGCAGCAGAGGUCUCAGAGCGCAGAGCAGACCUCAAAGAAGGACCAGAAGGACCGGAGGCCUAGGGGCCAGAACAAGAAAGGGCAUGGCUGUGCUGAGGCUGAGGAUCUCUUCCCCUCUCCUCCUCGGAAACCCUCCUUCCCCUUCCAGUGGGCCUGGGAGAGCUUCAGUGCAGAUGGCCGGGCUCUGCUUCAGUCUGGCUCCUCCUCGGCUCCUGGCCACCAAGACCUGCCCUUGCCCCCAGUGGUCCCCCAGCACAAAUCCAAGUGCAAGGCCACAGCCAACCUCCUAGAGGCCCCUGGUUUCUGCUGGAAGACGGAGGUUCUAAACCUGGAGAAGAGACAGCAACUGAGGUCCGGGGGCUGCAUCUCCAUCCCGCCUGGCAAAGGAGAGAGCCAAGAGCUGGAGCCGCCCAGCGAAUGUGGCCUCCAGCUUCCCGAGAAGAGGCCAGGAUCAGGAUCAGAAUCUGAGGAGGCCGCUGAGCUGGAAGCCCCUGGUGCUGAGGAGGCUGAGAGGGGUCUGAGCCCUAGGGAGCUGCCCCAGCUUGCCAGCAGGGGCUUGAUCUUGGAGGAGCAGUUUGCAGAGGCCAUAGAGGAGGCUGAGGAGGGGGAACAGAGCACCCCCCACAGAAGGAGGGCCAGUUCUCAGAGAAAGGGGCGGAAUUCUGGCAAGGAGGCCUCAGAUGAGGGUGAACCGCAAGGCCAGUGGAGCAGCAGCGCCAGCUCCAACAUCCUCCGAAGGCCGCGGAGGAGGAGGUCAAGGGCCAAGGAGCUGGAGGGGCCGUGGGACCUGGAGAAGCUACAGAAGCCGUUACAGCCAGACUUUGACAGUGGCCCCGCAAAGCAGCCCUGGAAGGUGCUGCAGGCUGCCGUCCAGGCUUCCCACCUGAGUGGGAAGACCCGUGCCUUGGGAAAUGACGAGACUUUCCUGUUUGCCAACUUCCCUAACCGCACCUUCCACAAACGACAGGAGGCCACCAGAAGCCUGCUCCAGGCCUGGGAGCAACAGCAGCAGGAGGAGCGGCAGCUGGCUGAGCGGCGGAGGGCCCGGGAGCAGCGGGUGCAGCAGCAGGUGUCUCGCUGCCUGGCGGCCUACGCACCCAGAGGGAGCCGGGGGCCAGGGGCUUCCCAGCGCAAGCUGGAGGAGCUGAGGCGCCAGCAGCGACAGCGCUUUGUUGAGUACCAGGCCGAGUUGCAGGACAUCCAGCACAGGGUGCAGGCCCGGCCCUACCUGUUCCAGCAGGCCAUGCAGGUCAACGCCCGGCUCAGCGUGACCCGGCGCUUCUCCCAGGUGCUGUCGGCACUGGGAGUGGAUGAGGAGCAGCUGCUGGCGGAGGCAGGAAAGGGGGACAUGGAGGGCACCUCCAGGAAGCCCAGGAGCCACAGGUCAACAGGGAUGAGAAUGGAGCACUCUUCUCAGAGCUCCCCAAGGACAGAACCCACGGGGAGCCAGCCUGACAGGCACUCCAUCCCAAGCCCAGACCAGGAGUCCAGUCCCUGA